AUGGAGAAACGUGAAGAACAGUGUCAGCUUAAUUCAUUCAGCAACAGUGGAGUUUAUGAUUAUGAGCAACUGAAUGCCCAGGAGAUGAAGACGCAAAAUGUGAGCGCUCCUCACCCGCAAGCCACCGUGGUGACCAUAACACCCACCGACCCUCCUGUUCGAGACCAUCUGGUGUGGUCCAUCUUCAACCUCUUCUAUAUGAAUCCCUGCUGCCUGGGGCUUCUGGCCCUUGUGUUCUCUGUCAAGACACGUGAUCGGAAGAUAAUUGGCGAUGCCAAUGCGGCCAAAAGUUAUGGCUCGACAGCCCUGUCCCUCAACAUUGCGGCCACUGUACUCGGCAUUCUCACCAUCAUUCUUUUUAUCAUCCUGCUAUCAGCUGGGGUUUUUAGACUUACCAUGUGAUGUCAAGCAGAGUAUUCUAUAGGCCAUUGUUAGAAUGUGUGGUUGGGGAGCACUGGGCAGGAACACCCCAAUGCAGGAACACCCCAAUUGUCAUCCAUGGUGGUUGUUCCAAAUAUAGAACUUGGAUAUGUAUGUUUCAUGUUAUAUUUAGAACACGUUGUACUGAUAUUUAGUGCACCAAUCUAAUACCUUUUUACUCUCAGGCAAUUUGUAUUUUUUUGUGUUAUCAUAUAAACAACUGUUUUGUUUUUUUGUGUUAAAUCUUGGACAAUAUUUGAAUACACUUUUUGUCUGUUAGUUUUUGUUUUAGUUACCAUAAUAAACAUAUAGAAACAUG